UAGCGAAUAAGCAGACGAGGACUCUACUAUCCAAAGACAGCUGCUACUGGAGAAGAAAGACUCAGGAGUGGAACGGAGCGGAAGAGUUAAGGAAAAAGGCUCUAGAGAGAAGGGUUUAGUAAGCUAGAGAUUUAGAAUUAGUCUUUGUUCCAGAGGGGAAUGAGUGUUGAUGGAUUACCCACGGGUAAGCAAAGAUUUGAAUUCGAGAUUGGCAGAGAAAGGGCCCGUGCGAGCACGAACUAAAGGAAGGUUGCAAGCCGAAGUGUACAAAUCUCAUAGUGGGGAAGUCCGGAUCAAACCGUCGAAAGAGAAGCCUCUCAGUCUAAAUGGAAGUAGACCAAGUAGUUUUAUAGGAAGAAAUGUGAAAGUAGGGGCUGCUAAGCGUCCAAACCCAGAAUUCAUUGAAAAUGGAGUUCUUGGUACCGGCCAAACAGAAAUAAUAUGA